AUGAGUGAUGGAAGAAAGCGACUUAGUGGAGCUGAGUAUAAAAAAAAGGCCAAAAUUAAAAAAAAAGAACAAGAACGGAUUAUCUGUAAAACCAUAAAAAUUGACAGUUUUCUUACAAGUGACAGUAAAAGCAGUGUUGUUAGACCAGGAAAUUCAACCACAUGCAUUGAUACAAUCCAAUCUGAAAAAAAUGAAACGGAUUUGAGCUCUGUGGCCCAACAACAACUGUCGCCUGUUGAACAAUCUGCUUUCGAAAAAACGGAUAAUUAUGUUUUUGAUAAGGAGGCGGUAGAUGAAUCAUCAAUAAGUAUUACAGUUGAAGAUGCGUCCCCAAAUCAGACGUCAAGUGCAAGAAAUGACCAAGUGCUAACAACGGUAAAUGUAAACAAGGAUCCAGCUUUAUGGGAAAUUAACGAUACUUUAAGGGAGAAUAUCGCAAGGUCCGGCUUCGAUCAAAACAAAUAUUGUGACUUCUCUCAAAGUGAAAAAAUAUAUGCCGAUCAACGUCGUUUCUUGCCAGUGGGUAUCUUCCAAAGAAAAAUGAAAAAUCAUGAAGUAAAAGACCGAAAUUGGCUUGUUUAUUCUGAAACAAAAAGAUCUAUAUAUUGCGGACCCUGUUUAGCAUUCGGUCCAUUGGAGUAUAAGACCCAGUUCGAGAACGAAGGAUUUAAUGACUGGAAAAACGCAGAACACCGAGUAGCUCAGCAUGAAAACUCUGCACGUCAUAAAUCUAGUAUUCUUAGUUUGAAAGCUAGGAGUGCGAUUGAUGGCCGACUCGACAAUUUGCUACAGGUCCAAAUUGAUGAAGAAAUUAUAUAUUGGAGAAAUGUUCUGAAGAGAGUUGUUGCGGUAGUGAAGCGACUGUGUUCAAGAGGCCUUGCUUUCAGAGGCAAAAAUGAAAAGUUCGGUGAUCCACAUAACGGUAAUUACUGUAUGAUUUUGGAACUGUUAGCGGAAUUCGAUCCUUUUUUAGCCAGUCAUAUUGAACGAUUUGGGAAUCAAGGAUCAGGCAGUACCAGUUAUUUAUCAAAGACCGUUUGCGAUGAGUUUAUCCUCUUGAUGGGUCAUAAAGUCUCAAAACAGAUUGGAGACGAGAUACGAAGGGCGAAAUAUUUUUCUCUAAUCAUAGAUUCAACACCAGAUAUAGCACACGUAGAUCAACUUACUCUUGUUAUUAGAUACGUUUUAGAAUCAGGCGAACCGUGUGAAAGAUUUGUUAAGUUUUUGCCGUCGGUGGGACAUAAAGCUGAAGAAAUGUUUUCUGUCAUUAUUUCGGAGCUCGAAACACUGGGCAUAAAUAUUGAAGACUGUCGUGGGCAGUCAUAUGAUAAUGCCGCGAACAUGUCUGGCAUGUACAAUGGCUUGCAGGCAAAAAUUCGAAAUCAAGCACCUUUCGCAUUUUACGUGCCUUGCUCUGCCCAUUCUUUGAAUUUAGUGGCAACUGCCGCUGCUGAAUCGUGUAUAGAAGCAUGUCGCUUUUUUAUGACGCUACAGGAAAUUUAUGUUUUUUUUGUAAGCUCGACACAACGCUGGCUUAAAUUAAUGAGUGAAAUCGGGAAAGGCAAAACCCUGAAAAGAGUGAAUCUGAUACGUUGGUCAGCGAGGGAGGACGCGUGUAAAAGCUUGAGAGAUUCUUGGCACGAAGUUCUUAAGACUUUGGAAUCAAUCAAAGACGAUUGUACCGAAAAGCCUGUAACGCGACAAGAAGCGGCGGGAAUACUCUUGAAUUUGGAGAAACUGGAAACGGCGGUAAUGGUUGUUGUGUGGAAUGUUUUUUUGGAAAGAAUAAACAAAGUGAAUGUUCAAAUUCAGGCUUCCGCCGUAGAUUUGAUCACCGUUGCCGAUCUUUACGAAUCACUUCGUAAGUUUUUCGUAGCUGAACGAGAUAAUUUCAAGUAUUUCGAAGAAAAGGCGAUGGAGAAACGUAUCGAAACAGUACACAACAGAAAUCGGAAAAAGGCAACCGAAAAGAAAAAAAAGAUUUGA